AUUCGGCCACAAGCGACUGAGUCAGUACCAGUACGACUUGGCUUGGAUGGCCGGUACAGUGCAAUAGUGAAAUCAACAGGUCCUUCAAGAACAAAUAGUCAUACAAGGCAAGAUGAAGUUCCUCGAAGUUGCUUGCCUCGUUAUCUUGACGGUAUUAGUUACCGACACUUUGGCUGAAAAUAAACCAAGAAAACAUAAAAAAUACAGGAGAAUUCAUCCAGUGGAAAAACCUACGGAACUAGCUGCUGAAAAAGAUGACAAACCAAUUGAAGUUUUACCCCCCAUGGCUGCAGGAGUUGAUAUGAUUGAUAACAGAGUCCCAUUAACAGAUCCAUGCUUAGACGUACAAUGUGGAGCAGGUAUGGUGUGUGCUCUGGACAAAGAUAGUGAACCUCAAUGCGUUUGCAUUGAAACUUGCCCAGAAGAAACUGAAUCGCGUCGUAAGGUUUGCUCAAACACCAACGAAACCUGGUCCUCAGAUUGUUCAGUGUACCAACAGAGAUGCUGGUGCCGUAACGACGACUCGAGAUGCAAAAAUGAUGAAUACAGGCAUGUCCAUAUUGAGUAUUAUGGAAGUUGUAGAGAAAUGCCUGAAUGCAAAGAAAGCGAAAUGGCCGAUUUCCCAAGACGUAUGCGCGAUUGGCUCUUCAACGUUAUGCGUGAUUUGGCCGACAGACGUGAACUUUCCCCUCGCUACUACGAAAUGGAAAAAGAUGCCGAAUCCAACAUGACUAGACGAUGGACCAACGCUGCCAUGUGGAAAUUCUGCGAUUUGGACGGACAUCCACCAGACAGAUACGUUUCGCGUCAUGAACUCUUUCCAAUUCGGGCACCUUUAAUGGCCUUAGAACAUUGCAUCGCUCCGUUUUUGAACUCUUGCGACAGUGAUGACGAUCACAGGAUUACUAUUAAGGAAUGGGCAAGAUGUUUGGAAUUAGAAGAGGAUGACAUAGAAGAUAAAUGUGACGAGUUAGCCGCAAGCGAUGCCUCAACCCCAGAAGUCUAAUCGUUGAAGCCAUCAAUUGAACAAUUACCUACUAAGUAACAAUGCAGAAUAACAUGGUGCUAAUUUAAUUCUAGUAAUAAUUAUCGUUGGUAUACCUACUUAAGUCUUUUAAGUGUCAAAAAUUAAAGAUCUAAGACAUUUAAUUAUUGUUUUGUUGAAAAUGGUAGUAGCUUUACAUUUACUUAUCACGUACUCUUAAGAAUUGAUACCUACUUAGUUUUAAGAUUUUUUUGUAAAUUUUUACAUACUUACAUACAUACUGCCCUAUAUAGUUUUAAGUUGCUGUAUAA